AUGAAUGAGGAGAAUCACUCCUUGACAGCUGAGUUCAUCCUCACAGGAUUUACAUAUCAUCCAAAGCUGAAGACUGUUCUGUUUGUGGUGUUCUUUGCCAUCUAUCUGAUUGCCAUGGUGGGGAACAUUGGUUUGGUGGCAUUGAUUUAUAUAGAGCAUCGUCUUCACACACCAAUGUACAUAUUUCUGGGCAACCUGGCUCUGAUGGAUUCCUGCUGUUCCUCUGCUAUUACUCCCAAGAUGUUAGAGAACUUCUUUUCUGCAGACAAAAGGAUUACCCUGUAUGAAUGUAUGGCACAAUUUUAUUUUCUCUGUCUUGCUGAAACUACAGACUGCUUUCUUCUGGCAGCAAUGGCCUAUGACCGCUACGUGGCCAUAUGCAACCCACUGCAGUACCACACCAUGAUGUCCAAGACACUCUGCAUUCAGAUGACUGCAGGAGCCUACCUAGCUGGCAACCUGCAUCCCAUGAUCGAAGUAGGGUUUCUGCUGAGGUUAACUUUCUGUGGGUCUCAUCACAGUCACUUUUUCUGUGAUGUUCUUCCAUUAUAUAGACUUUCUUGUAUUGACCCUUAUAUCAAUGAAUUGGUGUUAUUUAUCUUGGCAGGGUCAAUUCAAAUCUUUACUAUUACUAUAGUCUUAGUCUCUUAUUUCUACAGCCUUUUCACAAUAUUUACAAUGAAAUCCAAGGAGGGAAGAAGCAAAGCUUUAUCUACUUGUGCAUCUCACUUUCUCUCUGUGUCAGUAUUCUAUGGUUAUUCCCUUCUCUUCAUGUAGGCUCGACCAGGUGCAGUUAAUGAAGGGGAUAAAGAUAUACCUGUUGCUAGAUUUUAUACUUUAGUCAUUCCUUUAUUAAAUCCUUUUAUUUAUAGCCUAAGAAAUAAGGAAGUAAUAAAUAUUAUGAAAAAAAUUAUGAAGAAAAGAAAAUUUUGUAACGUUCUGAAACAAGUGUCAUCCCCCCUGGAAAACUGA